CAGGCAACAGUUACCAGCGACGGCACAACCAUGACCAGCUCGGUGGUAUCGUCGCCGCUCAUCGUGUACCCACCACGUACACCUGAGUCCUUCCAUGGCGAUGCGUUCGAAGAUGUGGAAGAUUGGUUAGAACAUUUCGAGCGAGUCGCAGAUUUCAAUGAAUGGGACGAGGCACAGAAGCUUCGCAACGUGUACUUCGCGUUAGAAGAGUCAGCGAGGACAUGGUACGUGAACCAUGAAGCAGCGUUGUCUUCAUGGCAAGAAUUUCGCCGACAGUUGCUUGCCACAUAUGCCAGCACCGAUCGGCGAGAAAAGGCAGAGAACGCCCUACAAGCCAGAAACCAGCGCACUAACGAAAGUGUCGGCAUGUACAUCCAGGACAUGUCCCGCCUCUUCAAGAGCGCGGACCCAAACAUGACCGAAAAUAAGAAACUACGCCAUCUGAUGCGUGGCGUAAUGGAAGAGCUGUUUGCAGGACUCGUUCGCAACCCACCACGCAGUGUUGCUGAGUUUCGCACCGAGGCGACGACCAUAGAAAAGGCGCUGCAGCAGCGUGCCCAUCACUACAAUCGUGAUGUCAGCAGUGCACCAGCCGACCUCCUGUCAGCAAGCCCAGGCAGCAACACCGAAGAGCUAGUAGAACUGGCGCGUUCUAUCGUAAAGGAAGAGCUUCGAAAGCUGCAGUCAUCGCAAGCCAUGCCGACAGUUUCAACUCUCGCCGCCGUCAUUUGCGAUGAAGUUCGGCAUGCCAUUCUGCAGCCAGGAUUUGAGGUACCGCCUGUGCAUCUCGAACAAAUGCCACCGGUACGUCGCAUGCCGACGUACGCUGAUGUGUUAUGCCAGCCAUCCGUGCAUAAUGCUCCAUUCGCAGCUCCCAGCAGCCGCCAGCCGACUCCGCGCAGUGAACCCCUUCUGGCAGAGCUGAGGCCACGAAAAAGCGACGUGUGGCGUGUACCCGACCGGACGCCAUUCUGUUUCCACUGCGGAGAAGCUGGACACCUUUACAGAAUGUGCCCAUAUCGCAGGGCAGGUCUUCGCGGCUUUACGCUGAAUGCAACUUGCCCCCGUAAUGGUGAAAGACCCGUGGAAAUGCAGGACUACUUGUCCAGACAACAGGACUCGGCGGCUCGAUACCAACACCAGCCGCGAUCACCAGCGUCUACACGCUUCCGGUCACCUAGCCCACGGCCGUCCUCGAGUUCACCAGGACGUCGUUCACUGAGCCCACGACAGGAAAACUAA